AUGCAAUUUGCCGUUCCACCUAGAAAGGGCUUUAGCCCUGCACCCUACGCUCGCACCUCAUUCCUCACCUUCCAGCGUCGCAAACAGCUUAAAACGAUCAUCAUUCUGAGUGUUACCUUUUUGGCUGUCUUCUUCCUCUUGUCGCAUCCUUUCUAUCCGAGCAUCAGGACUGCGGCAGGUCCAGUUGGAUCUCCUGGUGUCGUUAUCGUGACCCUUCUUGACCGAGCAAUGUACAGCGACACUUAUCUACAAAAGAUCAUCAAGAAUAGGGAAGAUUACGCCCAGCGGCAUGGCAAUUACCCGCGAAGUUGGGCUAUAGUCCCCGCAGUCCGACAUGCAAUGGCAUCGCAUCCUUCCGCAACGUACUUCUUCCACCUAGACGUGCAUGCGCUAUUCAUGAACUCAAACGAGUCGCUUGAAGCCCGACUUCUGAACAGGCAUCGACUAGAAUCUCUCAUGCGCCGGGAUGUCCCAGUUGUACCUCCGGACAGCAUCAUUAGGACAUUCUCUCACCUCCAGCCUGAAGACAUAGACCUGAUCAUCACCUCCGACGCAGAGGACUUGAGCACAGGCAGCUUUGUGCUUAAACAGGGCGACUUUGCUCGCUUCUUCCUCGAUACAUGGUUCGACCCUCUGUAUCGAAGCUAUAAUUUUGCGAAGGCAGAGACUCACAGUUUGGAACAUAUUGUCCAAUGGCAUCCAACUGUUUUGGCUCGAAUGGCUCUGGUUCCUCAGCGAGUUAUGAAUUCCUAUAGCAAGGAAUCCACUCGCGCUGCAGUGGAUGGCACAUACAAAGAUGGCGACUCGAUAAUCCGGUUCUUUGGUUGUGACACUGAUCCCAAUCGAGACUGCGAAAGAGAGAUGAAACCUUACUACAAUCUGUGGGCAACUAAGGUGGAGAUCAAAUAA